AUGUAAUAAAAUAAAGAGUUUUAUGAUGAAUCUAGUUGCUUUUUGUUUGUUUCUAUUUUGGAUUAAUCUUUUGGAAUUAUUAAAAGAGCUAAUAAUUCCUUUGUGAAAGCUCUUGGAUUCUCGAAUAAAUAAUAAAUAUAAGGCAAGUCUAUAUUUCAAUUAUUAUCUAUAAGUAAUAUUAAUAUUAAUCAAUUAUAAUCUUGCGUAAUAAAUGAGUUGAUAUCUCCCAUUUACAACCAAAUUUAAAACUUACCUCUUUUUUUAGCAAAACACGAACUAGGAUAUUGUGUACCAUUUUAGUUAAAAAUUUAAAGCUAAAUUGUUGAAAAUUAAGAUUUUGGUUUAACAAUAUGGGCUAAAGAGAUAAACGAAGAGCAUAUUUACUUGGUUUUAAAUCAUCUAAACCCAAAUUAAAUUAAGUUAGCCAAUAAAUUAUUUUGUAAGUAAUUUUUGUAUUCAAAUUUUGAUGCAUAAUAAAUAAGAAACAUCAAAACAGAGAAUUUGAUUCCAAUCAUUCACUAUUUAAUUUAAUAUACAGAAAAAAAUAAAGAGUAGCAACUCUAAACAGUUUUUAUUCAACCAGAUAAAGACUUAUGUCAAGAAAAUCUUCUUUUAACUGAUAUAAAUUUCUUGAAUAAAUUAAUACAUGCUGACAUAUGUAGCGCAACUGUGUCCCUUUCAUUCUAAAAAGAUUUCAAAUAAUUAGAACCUGAUAUUUACUUGUCUAUCUAAAACAUUCAGCCAGUGAUGAGUUUCAAAGAUAAAAAUAAUUUAAUAUUAUUCUACUAAUAACAAAUAAAAGAAAUAUGCAAUAUUAAUUUAGACUUUGAGCAUUAAGAAAUAAAUAAAAAUGAUUCAACUAAUAACUAGUUAAAUCAUUAGUUUUAUCAAGAUAAUUUAAUAUUAAAUUAAAGCUUAGUUUAAUUUGAGAACAAUUUGGACACAUUAUAUGAAGAGCCAUCUUCAACUCAUAGUAUAAAUUCUAAUUAGAAUUCCAUAAACAAGCCAGCAGGAGAUUUUUAAAAAAAUAAGAGAAAAAAUGAAAAGCUAAAGUAAAAAAAAUAUAUUAAAGAAACAAAUAUAUCUCCAAUAUAAAAUUAAGAAUCGAUUCUAUUAAUGACUCCAGAAAGCAAGUAGACUUAGUAGUUAAAUUUGCUUAUGGAAAAUUCAAUUGAUUUAAAUUAAAUAAUUCAUAGUGAAUAAAAAAUUUAUAAAGAAGAUUUAGUUUAAAAUUGCAUCAGCUUAGUUUCACCUAGUAGAAAUUAUUAUAGCAACCAAACAAGCUCACCUUUGAACUAAUUUAAGAAAUAUAGCUAUUAUAAUGAUAAUUAUGAGAUCAAUUAAUUCAAAAAAUUAAAUUAAAUACAAAAUUUUAACUAAAACCACUUUAAUAAUGAAUUUAUGAAAGAGACAAAUGAUAUUGCUCCACUUUCUAGUAAGCGCGGAUUUAUUAAACCUAAUUAAGAAUCAAGCUAAAUUUAAAUAUAAAAAUCAUUCAAAAAAAAAAAUAAUCAUAAAGAAAUUAAAGAUAAAAAGUUUUUAGCUAAACAAGGAAAUAAUCUUUAAUAAAAUAUAGACAUUCAAUCAAUAUCUUCUUCAUCGAAAAGCUUUUUAAUAAGGCAAGUAUUUGAAAAUAUUAACAAAAGAAAGUAAAUGAGAUAUCUUAAAAUAAUAAAUAUUUUAGGAAUAUCAUCAAUUUUAGUUACUCUGGCUUUGACUUUAUCAGGGUUUUUUACCUUUUUCACAAGCUUAGCUUCUCAGAGAGAAAACUUCAAAUAUAUUAAUUGGAUUUAUUUGAUCAACGUUUAGAUUAGUUAUUCGCUUUCUGAGCACAAUAUUUUUCUAUUAAAUGAAUAUGGUUUCUAUUAAACACCUCCUUCUCAAAACUAGCUGUUCAAUGAUCUUCUCACUUAGUAAUAAAAUUCAAGGAUCAAGCUCAGUAAAGACUAUAUGAAUUUGCUUUACAAUAAUACUCAGAGUGAUAUUUAAGUUUUCAAAAUUAUUUAAAAUAUCUAAAUUACGCAAAAUAUAUAUCAAAGUAAUAACACAUACCAACAGAAAAAUGUUUCAAUGAUAUACUCUAUCCUCUUAUAAAUAUUUGGUAUCUACUAUUUCGUUUCCAAUUAAGAUCCUGAUGGUAUUAUCAAAAGAUAAAAUGAGAUUAAUUACCCUGCAUUAAACGAGCAAGUUUAGUCUGUUUUCUCUUAGAUCAAUGAGUAAUAUUUAAGUUAGCUUUAAAACAUUCAAAAUGAAAGCCUUAUUUAGUUAUGUGUAAUAACUUUUAUGACUUUUAUUUUUUUAAUCAGUAUCAUUCCAAGUUAUAUUUUUGCAAAAAGAAAAUUAGAAAAAAUUCUAGAACUAUUUGCGACUUUUGAAAGGUAAUAAUUGCAAGAAAUUCUUGAUCAGAUAGCUAACCAAUUAUAACUUUAUUAAGUUGACAGCAAAUUCCAUUUUACAAAUUUAGAUUCCUAUGAUUUGAAUAAUAAAAAAUAAAAUCAACAUGUCAUUUCAGAAAAAAAGCUAAAUAUAAGUUAAACUUCCUCUUUAGAAUACUCUUUAAAAAAUUUGCUAAUAGGAUUAGUGGUUAUAUUUUGCCUAUCUAUAAUAUACCCUAUAUUUUAUUAUUUGAAUGUGAGACUUUUCAUUGAUAGCUCAACUACAAUCAACAAUUUUAAUAACGCUGUUUGUAUUUCUUAUUUUACAGUUUUAAAUUCUUUAAGAGCAAGAUAGGGUCUUGCUAUGGCGUUUUUAAUGCCACAUUAGCAACCAAUUUCUGUUUAAACUUAUUAAGAUAUUCUUAAUUAGCUUACGAUUCAGAUAGAUGAACUACCCAAUUAAAUACAAAAGAAUCUAGAAAGUAUUAACUCAACUAAUUUACACAAUUAAGCCAUAUUUAACGAUUUCUUGUUACAUCUAUUUACAUUAAAUGCUUGUAAUAGUAUUUAAAAAUAUAAUUAAUAUUAAAAUGGAGAUUUUUCUUUAGAAGAAUGCAACACUGUAGGUAAAGGCUCUCUUUAAUCUGGUCUUCUAAAUGGAUUAAUGUUCUUUUUUAGCAUUUAUAAAGACUUUUUAUCUUUUGCAUAUAGUUCAAGCAGAGAAAUUUUUUAACAAAAUUUUAUGAGCUAUAACGAAAACUUUCCUGCGUACAAGCAGUUUUAAUUUAAAAUAGAAUUAUCAAAAGAAUUUGAGUAUUUGUUAAACUUUUUUUAAGAUUAAAAUCUGUAACUUUAUAAUAAUAAUGAGAGCCUGAGUAUAAUUUUAGUAGUUGUUCAAGUGUGCUUUGUAGCAAUUAUAUUUACAGUAAGCUGGUCUUAUUACUUUAAAAGUAUAAAUAAACGAAUUUUCUCAACGAAAUAACUACUGAAUAUAUUUCCAUAGCAAUAUAUUAUUUAAAAUGCAUAUAUCUUAUCAUUUUUAAGUAAGCAUGAUUGA